UUGUGAUUCGCCAGAACGUAGGAAGUAGAUGGUUAUGAUGGUAUUAAGGCGCGCGAAAUCGACAAGGAUCGCUCUCGUGCGCUGAAUAAAAGAUGCCCGCGGAGCUUCGGCAGCAGGGGUACUCGGAGGCGCAGCUGCGUCUGGUGUCGGAGAAGGUGCCUUGCAGAGAAGCACAGGCUGCCGCGCUGCUUGCCCUCUUCGGAGAGCCGGAUCAUUAUAGCUUCCCGUCUAUCUUUAUCUAUGGUCACCGAGCCAUGGGGAAGAGUCACGUGACACUCACCCUGCUGAGGGAGCUGCAGGUGAGAGAUGCGCUUGAGCUCCAGACGCCCUGGCGGCUUCUGAAAGCGCUGCUAAACUUGGAAGAUGCCCCAUGUGGUGGUGAGCUGCGUCGAGUGCGUGUCUCCAGGCCUGCUCUUCGAGCAGGUGCUGGGCUCCCUCUUCGACUCAUCGGCCGUGACCCUGUCCCGCAGCCCCUCCCUGUCCGAUUUCGUGCGCCUGUACCGACAGCUGUGCGCGGAGGAUUCAGCCAAGCACACGCGAUACAUCGUCUUGGACCGGGCGGAGGUCUUGCGGGACAUGAGCGCCAAUCUUCUACCUGGCUUUCUGCGCUUACAGGAACUGUAAUUAACUCAAAAUACCACAGCAGCACGCUGAUCUGCUCUGCUGUCCAAGGGCAGGUGGAGGAUAACGUGACCGUGAUCCUGCUCAGCGAGAUUGUGUGGGACAAGUUCAGGCCCAGCACUGGCUGCUUUGAGCCCCUGCAGCUGCACUUCCCUGAUUACAGUAAAGCGGAGCUGCAGCAGAUCCUGGCCCAGGACAGCCACCCCAGCUACUCCGCAGAGCUUUACACCUUCUACAUCAACAUCCUGCUGGGGGUCUUCUACUCGGUCUGCAAGGACCUGAGGGAGCUCCGGCACCUGGCAGCGCUCAACUUUCCAAAGUUCUGUGAGCCUCUGGAGAAAGGAGAAGCGGAGGAGAGUGACACCCACAAGCUAUGGAGAAACAUCGAGCCGCAUUUGAAGAAGGCCAUGCAGACCGUGUACUUAAGGGAGGUGUCCAGCUUUCAGUGGGAGGAGCAGCUGAAGCAGGAUGGUGAAACGCAGAGCCUGAGAGGCCUGUCCGCCUACGCCCACGUCGAGCUGCCAUAUUACUCCAAAUUCCUGCUCAUAGCCGCCUACCUGGCCUCCUACAACCCGGCUCGCACCGACCGCCGCUUCUUCGUUAAGCAUCAUGGGAAAAUUAGGAAGACCACAUUUUUGAAGAAACAUGAGAAGACCAGUAACCACCUGCUGGGGCCCAAGCCCUUUCCCCUGGACCGGCUGCUGGCCAUCUUCUAUAGCGUGGUGGACAGUCGCGUCGCUCCUACGGCCAGCAUCUUCUCCCAGAUCUCCUCCCUAGUCACUCUGCAGCUGCUCACCCAGGUAGGACACGAUGACCAGCUGGACAACCCCAAAUACAAGUGCACCGUCUCCCUGGACUUCAUCCGAGCCAUCGCCAGGACGGUGGGCUUCGACAUCUUGCGCUACCUGUAUGACUUCCUGUGAUCCGACCCCCAGGAGAAUCCUGCUCAAAGCCGGCCACUUGCUCCUAUGGAAACGGCCCGGAGCUUCCCCCAGAGUGAUUGCAGGGGGGGGUGUAGCAGGGGGCGAUUUUCCCCAGCCCCCCCCAUCUCGCUGGACUGACGUCCCUGACUCUGACCAUUUUUUUUUCUGCCUGUGCCUUGGCAGGGAAGCACUUCUUGCACAUGUGGCUGUGUGUUUGUCUCUAACCUGCUUCUUACAUGUAAAUAAAUGUUUUUGUCGAACCUU